GGAACCGACAUCCCAUGGUCUCCGCUCGCAGCCACUUCCAGCUUCCCGCGCGUCCCACUUCGUCCCGCAUCUGCAGCUUUCUCCAACUCCCCCUCUUUCGCUCAACACCUCCACAAAUCUCAAUCUCUCCUAUUUUCUCAUUGUGUUAGGUUACCAGCAGUCGCUCCUUCUCCGUCGUUAACGAGUCAGGGAGCCUUGCUCCCACUCUUGUUCCUUGUAACAAAACACUAUGCCUUCCAUGAGAUGCAGAGAUGCCACCCACACCACUGCCUUUGAUGCAGUGAGGCACACAUAGGCGCGCUGGAGGGAGACGGGAGGGGAUGCGGUGGGGAGGUGGGAGCAGGAGUGAGUUUGGGCUGCGGUGAUGCACACGAUUUCGCGCUGAAUGAAGGGUAUAGGUGAAAUGGGGUAGGGAGACGCACGCGAAAAAUGGAUCAGUGGGGGGAGGCGGAGAGGGUAAGGGGAAGGACAGACGAACGGGAUCAGGUGCAGGGCGCUACUCGCUUACCGCACGUCUCGUCGUUUCCAGCUUCCCGCUUGCCGCUACCCGCUACCCACUGCUUCCCCUUUCCCUCCUUCUCGCUUCCUGCCGGGAGACUGUUCACUGCAUCCAGCUCCCCUCGUGCCGCUGCCUUGUGCUUCCCGCUGGCCGCUUCUCUGCUUCUUCCCUCCACCGGACCGCCCCCAGCCUGAGCUGCAGAGCACAGACGGAGUAACAGCGGAGGGACCGACAGUGGAGUUGAAGAGGGGGAAGCCUAUGGUCCAGAGUGGCAACGCCAGAAUUUUGGGCCUAGCCAUAGUUGUGGCAUAGUGCAGGGACCAGAUUUUCUUUCAGCAUGUGAGAGGUUUGCACAAGUAUCAGGAUUUAGAUUGCUUUACAGUAAAACACAUGCUUCGGAUGGCCGUAGUAUUGAGAUACAGAAACAUGGGCAUAUGCGAGCGCAGGCGCCAUGUGGAGAUGCCUCGGAUCUACCUGCGAUACAUUCUCCU